UCAAAAUCAGAUGUGUUUUGUUUACCAAAAAUUGUUGCGUUUCCAAAACAUCGUAAUCCAUUUUUCUGGUUGUUGCAAUGUCGCGUUUUAGCAGCGCUCUUCAGCUUACCGAUUUGGAUGAUUUCAUUACGCCGUCGCAGGAAUGUAUAAAACCAGUAAAAAUCGAGACGAGCAAAAGCAAAACCGGAGCAAAGAUAACAAUCCAGGAGGAUGGUUCCUACGUGCAAGAAUCCUCGAGCGGAAUCCAGAAACUGGAAAAGGUGGAAAUAACGCUCGCUGACUGUUUGGCCUGUUCGGGCUGCAUUACCUCGGCCGAGGGCGUGCUGAUAUCGCAACAAAGCCAAGAGGAGCUGCUGCGCGUCAUGAACGCGAACAAUCUGGCCAAGCUGAACAAUCAACGCGACGAGAUCAAGUUUGUCGUGUUCACUGUCUCGCAGCAACCGAUUCUGUCGCUGGCACGAAAGUACAAUCUCACACCGGAAGACACGUUCGAGCAUAUCGCUGGUUACUUUAAGAAGCUUGGUGCGGAUAUGGUAGUCGACACAAAGAUAGCCGAUGAUCUAGCGCUGAUCGAGUGCCGCAACGAGUUCAUCGAACGGUACAACACCAACCGCAAACUUCUACCGAUGCUUGCCUCCUCCUGUCCGGGCUGGGUGUGCUAUGCCGAGAAAACGCACGGAAACUUUAUCCUCCCGUACAUCGCGACCACCCGCUCGCCGCAGCAAAUAAUGGGCGUACUUGUGAAGCAAUAUUUGGCCAAGCAGUUGCAAACGACCGGCGACCGGAUCUAUCACGUCACGGUGAUGCCCUGCUACGACAAAAAGCUGGAAGCAUCGCGGGAAGACUUCUUCAGCGAGGUGGAAAACAGCCGCGAUGUGGAUUGUGUGAUCACGUCCAUCGAAAUCGAACAGAUGCUCAACAGCCUCGAGCUCCCAUCGCUCCAGCUGGUAGAAAGAUGCGCCAUCGAUUGGCCGUGGCCAACGGUGCGGCCGCCCGCCUUCGUCUGGGGCCACGAAUCGUCCGGCUCGGGCGGCUACGCCGAGUACAUCUUCAAGUACGCAGCCCGCAAACUGUUCAACGUCCAGCUGGACACGGUCGCGUUCAAACCACUGCGCAACAACGAUAUGCGCGAAGCGGUGCUGGAGCAGAACGGUCAGGUGCUGAUGCGCUUUGCCAUUGCGAACGGAUUCCGUAACAUCCAGAACAUGGUGCAGAAGCUGAAGCGGGGCAAAAGUACGUACGACUACGUGGAAAUCAUGGCCUGCCCGUCCGGCUGUCUGAACGGCGGUGCCCAGAUACGGCCCGAGGAAGGUAGGGCCGCACGCGAGCUAACGGCCGAGCUGGAGUGUAUGUACCGUUCGCUGCCCCAGUCGACCCCGGAGAACGAAUGCGUCCAAACCAUGUACGCCACGUUCUUCGACAGCGAAGGGGAUCUGAACAAGCGGCAGAGCUUGCUGCACACCAGCUAUCAUCAGAUCGAAAAAAUUAACUCAGCCCUCAACAUCAAGUGGUGAAGCGGGAAGAAAGGCUGGAAGUUUACCGGGUAUGAGGGACAGGGAAGGAUGCAUUAGUAAACAUUCACAGGCUGCAGAAAGCAAGCAGCAUCGCGCAAAGAACAAGUGGGGAGAUAAAACGGACCGAUUGUACGAGAUAAAUAAACAAAACGGGCUAUCAGUGGUCGGUAGCUAGGCUACGAAGAAAGUCAAAACAAGCA